AAACAUCUCUAACUGCGCAACACGAGAGCGUUAAGGACUAGCUCGAAACAAAACUCCCCGCAGUUCGAGACGUCAGCGCUCGCGAGCACGUGGACGCUGAAGUGCGGAAGUGUGGAGAUGCUCACAUAAGCGGUAUUGAUCUAAUCACGCACAGGGGGUCCGGAUGUCUCGUUCAGAUGUGCUGUCUCUCUACAGGAGGGUCCUGCGCAUCGCACGCAGCUGGACGGCACAAUCUGCUCUUCCACACGACACUGACACCGAGAGGAAAUAUAUCGCUCAGGAGGCUCGAACCCUCUUCAGACAGAACCAGCAGAUAACAGACCCAGAAUCAAUCAAGAGAUGCACUGAAGAGUGUGAAGCUCGGAUAGAGAUAGGACUGCAUUAUAGGAACCCCUAUCCUAGACCAACGUAUCUUCCUCCGAUGGGUCUGGCCACUCAGAAAGGCAGAAAGCUGCGAGCUCAGCAGAGACUGAGGAAACAAGCCAAGCCGGUGUACCUGCACUCUCACGAUGAGACCUGACACACACAGACUGUGCAGAAGUGCUCAGAAGUGCUCAGAAGCAUCCGGAAACAUUAUAAAUCCUUGUCUGUUCAUGUUAUUUCUAGCUAAAAUGACAGCAUUAUGAAACAGAUCACAGUGAAGUUAUUCUCACUGCCAGUGCAAACCAUAAUGAAUAUUAUAUCAGGGAUACUUCACCCAGAAAUUCUAUCA